AUGUUAAGUUGGACUGUCUGUCGGAUUGUUUCGUAUAAAUAUGCAGAAACGAAGCAGACACUGACAGAGCCACCGUAUGUGGCGGCGCCGCCACCGAUGGGUUACCCGGCGGUGAUGAAUGACUCUCCCCAGACCGUGCAGCAGUCUCCUCAGACGCAGAGCAAAGGCAGCGUUCGGCUGCAAUGUUGUCCUGCUGCGUUUUGGACUGUGUCUUCUAGUCUUGGCAUCUCUUUUGUCUUUUGA